AUUGUAUGAUGUGCGAACAAUGAGUUAUGCGUUACUCUAAUGGGUGUAUUAGGGUUACAACUGGCAACAACGCUAGUGGCUGCAAGUGUUCUGUCGAAAGUCAUUUCGUUCUUCUCGUUUACACGUUUCUUAAUUACGGGUCUCACGCGAUACGUCGUACCAACAGAUCAACAACUCCUAGAAGCUAGUGGGAACUGUAAAGUAAAGAUCAAAGGAAAAAGAAAGAGAAAUGACUUACUUUCUGGAUCCCCCAAUGGAACAACUUGUCCCUCUGAUACUUUCUAUUUUCCCCGCUCUACAACCAUUCAUCUGAAGCAAUCACAUGUAUCUACUUCUGAUAUAGCCAUUUUACCAUUAUAUUCUAGUCACCAAUGGCUAGUCGACUUCACCGUUUGUGCUUCUUGUGUAUAUUUAAUUAACGAAGUAGCCUAUAAUUGUAUCAUCCCAUGGUAUGAGGGUUUUGACCGAAAUCAAACAAAACUAUCACGUGCCAGUACAAAACAAGAUUCUUCUUAUCCCAUAUCUCUCAAUGUACGUAUCAAUUUAAGUCUGGUUUGGAUGACUUUAAGCCUUUGGUUCACCAUUCGCACUCUCGUUUCCUUAACAGCAAUAUACUUUCAAUCUAAAAAUAAUGCCACGAAAAUCGAAUCUCGAUCUUCUAAAUUCACUACAAAUACAGCACUUACAAACAUGCCUUCAAGUGAAUGUAUACUCAUCUUUGCAGCUGGCUUUUUCUUCCUUGUUGCUGCAACUUUAAUUCUUUCUCUUGAUGGAACGUUGGUUGACUUUGGUCUUCAAGCUGCUUACGGGAAUUUGACUUUUGGAGAAUUCUCAUUUUCUAAAUCUCCAAUUAUUAGUUGGGGUGCAUUUAAUUUCAUUCUAGCUGUUAUAGCCUGUAUAAUUGGUUCACUGUUUGUUUAUCCAGGAAUAAAAUUUGGGAAGAUAUACUUAGACACAGUUAAACAAUGUCCAAUGUCAGUAAUCAAACGUAUCAUAGUACAUCUGAAUUUCAUUUGUCCAAUAAUUCCUAUUUUACUUUGGCUUAUUCCAAUCACUGAUCAUAUUUCUAAUUCAUUGAUUACGCUCACGCAUAGUAAUUCAUUGACUGGGAAACCUUUUCUCAUCAUAAUUAUCAACUUUAUGUCUAAUCUAUUCAUGAAACAUUUGGAUAGUAUUCGACUAAUUGUAUCUUUGGCAGUUGUACUCUUUCGUCUUUCCACUGUUCGUUGGACAUUACAAUGAUUUUCCAGCUGAAGUUAGCUUGUAAUGUAAACUAUCUUCAAAUCAACCUAUCUCCAUUAGUCGCCCAUACCGUUACUUGUUACAUUCUACAACCAACCAAUACGCAACAAGGACUUAGAAGACUGGUACCCUUUCCCUAACGGUCGGCCCAAUGCUAAAUAGCCUCAAACAAAGCGGAAAAACGCUUAUUUAAAUUCUGCCCAAGAUAAACUGGAUAAAUUUACCCAUGAAGCAGGACAAACUUCAAAUAAAGAAGUACAACGAUUAGUUGCAAGUAUAUUUUAUUGUUUAAACCUAGUCGCUUUACAGUAUAUUUCACCUUGUUUUCUUUUCUUAUGUCUUUUAUGCUUAUAUAAAAAUUUAUCAGGUCUAUCAUGGUUACCUUAUGAUUAUCAUCAACAACAAUAUCUAUAUUCUUCUGAUACAUUAAAUGUAUUACCAUCUUUUGUAUCGAAUAUUCAAAAUAAUUUUACUAAUUAUUUUUUAAUUGAUUUCAUGAAUCAAAAUAAUUUUACUUCAUGGUCAACUGUAUUUAUGCAAGCUAGAUAUAUCUUUAGUCAAAUUAUGGAUCAUUUCUUAUUUCAUGGAAUGAUUAUUUCACGUGGUAUAUUUGGAUUUUUAGUAUGGUGGACGAUAACUAGUUGGCAGUUGAUGUGUUUUUUAGGUUUAGCUUAUCAUCGAUUUGCAAAUGAAUAAGAACUACAGUGAAAUUAGACUUAUUCUCUGUCAAAUUAAGUGAAAUAUCUUUUAUUUUUCUUUUGUAAUUUAGACCAAUUUAUCAACUUUACUUCUUAUACUGUAAUUUAAUUUUAGUAUUAUUAUUGUUACGUUUAAUGAUAGUGAUGAUGGUAUUUGUACCUUUUUAGCAUUUUGUUUCCAAUAAGACCAACAAACAUACCCCUCCUUCUUUC